ACAUCCGUUCCAAUUUCUCCAAUUCACUUUAAUACAAGUGAUACGUCUCUGCGUUGAACUGAACGCAUCUUCGCUAGCAGUGUAAGCAGAGUGGGCAGGCUGGUCGUUAAAACGUUUCACUUCAGAGUCCUCCUCUUCACUACAUCGCUUUUCGCCUGUUGUUCACGUGAGGUCCUUCUGAAGAACUCCGGUACAUCGUGUCUCCCUCUUCCUGGUUUUUUUGAUGCUCCAAGACCAGUUUUAAAGGGAGCCCGGCCCUCUAUUGUUUCUAUUCUGCUGGGGCUCGUACGUUUAUUUGAUUUUAUUUGUAUAUUUUAACGUUAUAUUAACGGCUCUUGCCAUGGCAGCGAGCGCAAAGCGGAAACAGGAGGAAAAGCACCUGAAGAUACUGCGUGAAAUGACGAGUUUGGCGCCCAACCGACAGUGUUUCGAUUGCGACCAGCGCGGCCCGACCUACGCCAACAUGACCGUGGGCUCGUUCGUGUGCACGUCCUGCUCAGGCAUCCUACGAGGCCUCAACCCCCCCCACAGGGUUAAGUCCAUCUCCAUGACGACCUUCACACAACAGGAAAUAGAAUUUCUACAGAAGCAUGGAAAUGAGGGAUGCAAACAGAUAUGGCUCGGUCUCUAUGAAGACAGAACCUUGGCCAUCCCAGACUUCAGAGAACCUCAGAAAGUCAAAGAGUUUCUUCAGGACAAAUAUGAGAAGAAGCGAUGGUAUGUUCCUCCAGAACAGGCUAAGACAGUUCACGCAUCCAUCUCUGGUUCAUCUGCUAGCAGUACCAGUAGCACUCCAGAGGUUCGACCUCUCAAAACUUUACUGGGGGAGUCAGUGCCCAGUUUACAUCUCAACAAAAACACACCCAGCCAGUCUCCAGUUGUGUCACGCACUCAGCUGACCCAACAGCAGUAUCAGGAAAGGAAGUUCGAUCUGCUCAGCGAUCUGGGUGGCGACAUUUUCGCGCCACCACACUCGCAGUCCACAGGCAACGCAAACUUUGCUAACUUUGCACAUUUCAACAGUCAUUCGGCACAGAAUGCUAAUGCGAAUGCAGACUUUGCGAAUUUCGAUGCAUUCAAAAGUCCUUCUCCGACUGCAGCGACAAUUCAGUCAGCACCGCAGGCCCCAUUUCAGCCCACACAAACAGGUAGCUCGUCAGGACUAGCUAACGCCAAUUUUGCAAACUUCGAUAACUUCCCCAAGUCGUGUAGUGCAGAAUUCGCCUCAUUUAGCUCAAACCAGAGUAACUCAGUGGGUGAAGGGCAUAAAGCGGAAGCAGCCAGUGUCCCUGCAGACAGAUACUCAGCCCUUGCAGACCUUGACAACAUGUUCAGCUCCACCAAAUCUGAGCCGAGUGCGAAUUCUGCCCCUCCAUCUGCAGGUGUGGGUCCACCCCCUCCACAGGCCACUGUGCAUGGUUCUGACCGUUACACUGCUUUAGGUCAACUGGAGAACAUCUUCAACACCUCAGCGCCAAACAUCGGCGGCUACAACACUGCCACUACAGCACAAGGGUCUAUGUUUGGAUCCUCUACUGUUCCUCCAGCACAAACACAACAGGGCAAUCCCAGCAUGCCUCAGGGUUUUGCAGGCAUGUCAACGAAUCCAUUCGUUGCUCCCGUGGCUCCACAGGCCACUCCCACUAACCCGUUCCAGACCAAUGGUAGAGCAGCAGGAGUGGGUGUGGCAGCUGCAGGCAUGUUAGGACCCCUGCAGGGCGAGGUUUACCCUGCGACCCUAUUUGCUUCCUUUGGUCCACCAUCCAUGAGUAUGCCAACAGGAUUUGGAAACACUGCAGCUUACAAUCUUCCCACCAGCUUCAGUGGAAACUUCCAGCCGCCAUUCCCUGGACAGCCCUUUACCCAGCCCCAGACAUAUCCACAGCAACCCAACGGAGGUUUUGCUGCCUUUGGUCAGGGUAAGGUCACUCAGUUCGGACAGAACAUGGCGGCGCCAGGAGUAGCCAACAAUCCCUUCCUGGCAGGAGCGCCAUCUGCUCAGUUUCCUGCAGGAGGAUCCUCUACAAACCCUUUCUUAUAGCGCACCAUUCUCCUCUGCUCCUCCAGGGGGCAACAUGUGACUCGUUCGCACCUCUUGCACUGUUUUGUUUCCCCAAGUAGCUUUAAAAACAUAAUUUCUUAAAGUAGAUUUUUAUUGGAUUUUAAAAACAAAAGACUGAAAAAAAAAAAACUGCAAGGGAAUAUAUAUAUAUAUAUAUAUAUAUGUGUGUGUGUGUAUAUAUUUUUUUAAUUAUCCUGUCUAUGGCAAUGUCCAUACAAACAAAACUUUGCGGGAGUGUGCGGAGAGAAGGGGCCUUUUUUGUUUUGUUUUUUGUGCUCCUUUUGUUGUUCCUGUGGACUGGGCUGGCGUGGAAAUCUUCUGUCCAAAGUGGCAGUUAACUAAGUUAUUGCAAACAUCUCAUUCAUAAUGCUGCAAUCUUGUAUAUUAUUCAAUUUUGGGUCUUUGUGCAUAUCAGUAUUUGUAUCUUUAACACACACGCAUUCAUAUGCUGCAUAGUGUAUAUGGCGCUGACGUCAGUCAUGCUGUGAAUAACGUUUUACGUUAAACAACAAUGUGGAAUCCCUUUUUGACAUCAUAAUGUCACCUUUUUACACUUAAGUCUCAAAACAAGGCAAAAAUUAAACAUUGUUUUGUUUUUCGAUAUGAGUUUAAAACAAGACUUUUGGAUGUCAAUGUUUGAACCUGGCCAGGUGUUAACAACCACUUAUGUUACAUAACUUUAUGUUAAUGUGUGUGUAUAUAUAAAUAAAUGAUAUAUAUAUAUACAAUAUAUAUUAAAAUUAAUUUUACCUAAGAAAAACAGUUAUGUUUUUGUAUUUUGACUUCUGGUCUUAUAUUAAUGAAAUGUGAUGACAUGAAAUGCCAUUCGCAACCCCAUAUUUGAAAAAAAAAAAAAAAGAAAACAUAUUCAAUAAGAAAAAAAGACUGGGCUUGAUUUAAACCUUUUUGGAAUUGUUUGGAUUGUGAAAAUUGGGUGUUCCAUACCAGAAUGGACGAGACCUAAAUAUGGGUUUGUUUAUGAUUAUGACUGAAGACAAAAAUAUUGCAUUAUAUAAUAAAAGGUCCAAAAAGG